AUGAUGGAGGUCGAGUCCUCCUACUCGGACUUCAUCUCCUGUGACCGAACAGGCCGUCGGAACGCAGUGCCUGACAUCCAGGGAGACUCCGAGGCUGUGAGCGUGAGGAAGCUGGCUGGAGACAUGGGCGAGCUGACUCUCGAGGGGGCAGAAGGGCAGGCAGAAGCGAGCAGCCCAGACAAGGCGGCGAGCACCCAGCCUGAGAGCAGUGAGGGGACCACCUCGUCCUGA